AACGCCAAGCCCAACAUCUCCGUACUGAACUUGUCAAGAUAUUCACCUUAACUCAUGUUAAGAAAUUCGAAGACCUAAAGCCUUCCCAAAUCUGCUACAUCUGUUUCUCAUAUCCCUAAUCGUCGCCCUCAACACAUAAUGUCCACCCAAACAGCCUUGCUCGUCACCGAAGUCGGAAAACCGGUCACGUCCACUAACACCUGGCCUAUACCUCAACCUGGUCCUAAACAAAUCCAGCUUCGCGUCACCGUCGCUGGACUCAACCCACACGAUCACAAGAGCCGCGAUGGAGGUCUCUUCAUCCAAGACAGCCUCCCUGCAGUACUCGGGAACGACGUUGCUGGUGUCGUGACUGCCCUAGGACCGAAUUCUUCUCGCUUCAAAGUCGGCGAUAGAGUGUUCGCCCAAUCUAAUCUUAGCCCCAAGAGUGAGCAGAAAGGUUUGCAGCAGCAGGUUGUUGUGGAUGAAGACUACGCAGCACUUGUUCCAGAAGGCUUCACCGAAGGUGAUGGUGUUUCGCUCCCUACCAACAUCAUCGCCGGAUUAGUUGGAUUAUUCGACGAAAGCGCACUCGGGAUCCCCGCACCUUGGACAGAUGCAGCGAAGACAUUCGACUAUCCCAACACUACGCUUCUAAUCAUCGGUGGAGGAAGCAACUGCGGGAAAUACGCUGUGCAGCUGGCUAAAAUGGUUGGAAUAGGGAAGAUAGUGACAGUAGGCGGAGACGAACACCAAUUGAAAGGAUACGGCGCAACCCACGUCCUAGGCCGUCACGGCGGACACGACAUCGUCCUCCAGCGUAUCAGGGCAGUCGUCGGUGACGAUCUCAUCUACGCCUACGAUGCCAUUAACCCACCAGAGGACCAGAUUCUUGGUGUGAACGCGCUGUCUAAUACCAAAAAAGGUAAACUUGCGCGGCUCGUCCCCUCCGGGGAUAUUGACGAGUCAAAUAUGCUACCAAAGCAAGCUGGAUAUGAAUUAAAGAAUGUGUUUGGGAUCUCUCAUAUUCGGCCAGAGGUCUCGAAGCCGUUUUGGGAGAGACUUGGAGAGUAUUUGAUGCAAGGGAAGAUUGAGCCGUUACCGUAUGUGACGGUGAAGGGGUUGGAUGCCGCAAAGGUAAAUGAGGUUUUGGAUGGGUAUAGGGAUGGAAAGCCGACCACAAAGACUCAUUUCCAGAUUUCUGAGUAAGCCGAUGAAGGUGUAAUGACGCAAAAAUCUAGGUUUAACCUUUAUACUCCCAAGCCGGAGGGUGGGCUGCCCAAUCAACCUUGGCGUCUCAUCAUAUUAUAUAAAUCAUUAGCCCUUCGGUCCCUCAGUCUAUAAUACAUGACUCCUCUCAUAACUAGUUCCCGUACUUAUAUAAGGCGACAGUCCUUGUUUCCGAUAUGUAUGCCGUCUCGUCCUCCCUACGCUCAAUUCAUUUUAUAUCAUUGCUCGAGCCCGCUGUUCCUUCUUCAAAA